CCCAGGGGGACAAGGAUGCCACUCUGGGUGUUCUUCUUUGUGAUCCUUACCCUCAGCAUCGGUUCCCACUGCUCCCCAUCUCCCUCUCUGCCUCUCAGGAUGCGGCGGUAUGCAGAUGCCAUCUUCACCAACAGUUACCGGAAGGUUCUGGGCCAGCUGUCUGCCCGCAAGCUGCUGCAGGACAUCAUGAGCAGGCAGCAGGGAGAGAGGAACCAGGAGCAAGGAGCAAGGGUUCGGCUCGGCCGCCAGGUGGACAGCAUGUGGGCAGACCAAAAGCAGACAGCACUGGAGAGCAUUCUGGUGGCCCUGCUGCAGAAGCACAGUGGGAAUUCCCAAGGAUGAAGACCUCAGCUGGGGCUCAGACCACCUGGAGCCCAAACACAACUGGAUCCAGUUAAUCCUAUUUCACUUCUGACCUACUUUUUCCUUUGUAAAUACAAUAAAAAUCCCCCAUACUGGUCUGCAUUU